AGAGUCUUAGAAAUUUUGUAGCUGGAGAAGCUGCCACUUAGGCGAAAAAAAAAAACUUUUUUAUUAAGAGGGGAUAUCUGUAAAAUCAUGUUCUGAAUCUGCGACAAAAGAAAAGGAAUAACUUGGGUACUACUUCUAUGUUGAGUAAUUACAAUUAAAAUUAAACACAGAUGACGCAAUCUAUAUACUCCGAUUCCAAGAAUACAAACAUAAAAUUAGCUGUCUAUAGGAUGAUUUCAAAGAUUCAGGUGAAAACAUCUAUGAACAUCACUCAAAUUCAUCAUCAACCAAUGGCUGCUCUCGAAUCUCCAAACCUCUCACUCACAAACAAUGAAGAACAUCGAUCACGCAUGGCAGUUCUUCUUACUCCUCAUCAUGUUCCUCAUCUGUACUCUCCACAGAGCCAUAACCUUCAUCUCCACCAAACUCACCAAACCCACCACCACCCAAAUCACAAACCAAACACCAAUCUCCUUACAAGUCAAAAUCACACUUCCCACCAAAAUCAUCUUCGGAGACCAUGAAACCAUCACAGCAUUCAACCCCUCCGAUCUCAUUCAACUCCCCAAGAACAGACUCGGCGAGGGCUCCUUAGGCACGCUUUACAAAGUCGUCCUCGACUCCGGCUCCAUUAUCACAAUAAGAAAGAUCUGUAAAAACGUCACCCAUGGCGGGAAUUUCGAGCACUGGGUUAAGUUUUUCGGCGGCCUUAGAGGCAACCGGUGGUUGUUGCCGCUCCGAUUUGGUUUUUGGUACGGCGGGGAAGCUUUCAUUAUUCAUGACUACUUAUGUUUAGGCAGCUUGGAGGAGCUCCUACAUGGAAGCGAAGGCGUUCAGUUUACGCCGUUAAAUUGGGAAAUCAGACAGCAGAUAGCGCUCGGAGCAGCGAAAGCAGUAGCGUCGAUUCACAGUCGAGGUCUUCUCUGCGGGGUGAUAAAAUCAUCUAACUUUCUAAUACAAAGCGACUUCUCACCUCGUCUUUCUAGCUAUGAAACGCCGUAUCUUAUCUCUGCUUCCACGAUUAUCAGAAGGAACUGUGGACGAAUGGCGCCUGAAUUAACACGAACACGAAGUAUUUCAAAGUCAUUUAGUCAAGCAUCCGAUGUUUACAGUUUUGGGAUUUUGAUGUUGGAGAUAAUUACAGGAAAGAAACCUUCGGUGACUAAUUUAGGGCAAUAUGUAAUGGAGAAAAAAAAGAGAGAAGGAUUGAAAGGUGUUCCCGAUAGACGAAUGUCUGGUGUUGAAGAAAAUGUUUCCGCCUCCGGCAUGAUUAGGAUCGCGGAGGUGUGCCUUUUGUCUGACCCCAAAAAACGCCCUUCCAUGGGAACUGUAGUGGAGAUGAUUCAAGCAGCUAUUCACUAAUAUUAUUAUUAUAUGUAUAAUAACCAGAAAAAAUGUGAAAUGUGAAAUGUGAAAUGUGAAACUUUUCUCAUUAGUUGUUUAAUACAAGUUAGUCUACAAAGAGUUGUUUUCUACCAAAAAAAUAAGUGUUCUAAUAACAUCUAGAGUCCUCGGACCACUGGUGGUGGCUUGGUGGUUGGUUUUGGUGGUUGUGGGACAGGUGUUGGUGGCGGAUGAACUUUUUGUGGUGAUGGUUUCAGUUUAUGUGGUGUUAUUUUCCGGUUUCCUUGUUCAACAACGUUGUUUUGUGGUGUACUACAGCCUACAUUUUUGCAAUCAACUUGAGUGUUUAUCAUUUGAGAACAAAUUUUAUCGGAUCUUUGAUGGGGUCUUUUAGGGAAGCAAUUGUCUUUCUCCUUCAUAGAAAGCAGUUUUUCAUCCACAAGCUUAUCACAUUCUCCACUAAUCUCAUGAAAGUAGUUCCUAUAGAUUCUAAAAUCCAAAAGUGCAGGCAUACUGCAAAUGCUUUUAGGAAUCGUUCCGGUCAAAUGGUUGUUUGAAAAGUCAAACCUCUCGACUCUUUUCAACGUGUAUAGAUUUUUUGGAAGUUUCCCGAUGAAUUUGUUGUUACUCACAUCAAACAAUAUCAACCCCUGAAGAUUCACAAUCUCUUCGGGUAUACAACCAGUUAGAAGGUUAUUGGAGAAAGAAACUUGUUCUAAACGUGGCAUGUUUCCAAAGCUUUUAGGUAUGCAACCUGUGAAC